AAACAUCAAAGAUGGCGCCGAGUAGAAGAAUCUGCAGGUGUCCGUAGGAAUUUAUCCAUAUAUUGAAUAUUCUGAAUGGAUAUGUAGUGCUCUGUGAACUUUGGAUUGUUUUAAUUAUUGUGUUUUGUAGUAAUUUUGUUAAAUAAAUUUUCUGAAAAUGUCUGACAAGGUUCAGGUGGCCGUAAGAGUUAGGCCAGUAAAUAAACGCGAGAGGGAUUUGGGGACAAAAUGUGUCGUGGAUAUGGAAGGAGGCCAGACUGUUUUGCAUCCCAUCAAAGACGGACAUGAUGGUGCCUCAAGGAAAUCAGCCAAGACCUUCGCGUUCGACUACUGCUUCUGGUCUAUGCACGAAGAUGACCCCAAAUUUGCAUCUCAGGAACAUGUGUUUAACGCCCUGGGUCGCGGCAUCUUGGAGAGAGCGUUUGAAGGCUACAAUGGCUGUAUAUUUGCUUACGGUCAGACAGGUUCAGGCAAGUCUUACACCAUGAUGGGCACCCCCGAGCAGAAGGGCAUCAUCCCCCGGCUGUGUGACGCCCUGUUUGACACCAUCGCCAGCAUCACCACCCCCAGCCACUCGUGUAAGAUCGAGGUGUCCUACAUGGAAAUCUACAACGAGAAAGUUCACGACCUGCUCGACCCCAAAGGAUCGAAGCAGAAUUUGAAAGUGAGAGAGCACAAUAUACUUGGUCCUUACGUCGAUGGUCUUUCAAUGUGUGUGGUCUCAUCAUUUGAGGACAUUGACAAUCUGAUGAGCGAGGGCAACAAGUCUAGGACCGUGGCUGCCACCAACAUGAACAGCGAGAGUUCAAGGUCACAUGCAGUCUUCAACAUUGUGGUGACCCAGACACUGACGGACCAGGCCUCAGGGGUGUCUGGUGAGAAGGUGAGCAAACUGUCCCUGGUUGACCUGGCAGGGAGUGAGCGUGCACAGAAGACAGGGGCCAUGGGGGAGAGACUGAAGGAAGGAAGCAACAUCAACAAAUCACUGACCACACUCGGCCUGGUCAUCUCUGCUCUAGCUGACCAGUCUGGUGGGGGCAAGAACAAGAACAAGUUUGUGCCCUACAGGGACUCAGUGCUUACCUGGCUCUUGAAGGACAACCUCGGUGGCAACAGUAAAACUGUGAUGGUUGCCACCAUCAGCCCUGCCGCUGACAACUACGAGGAAACCCUGUCCACCCUGCGCUACGCCGACCGAGCCAAGCGCAUCAUCAACCACGCCGUGGUCAAUGAAGACCCCAACGCCAGGAUCAUCAGAGAGUUGAGGGAGGAGGUUGAGAUGUUGAAGGCCCAGCUGAACGAGGCUCAGGUGAGGCGAAGUACAGGCCUCAGUAGCAUGAAAGCUCCAGAUUUGGCUGAAAGACUGACUGAGUCAGAAAAACUUAUGAAGGAAAUGUCUAAAACUUGGGAAGAAAAAUUGCAGGAAACUGAAAGAAUUCAUCAGGCCCGUCAGAAAACUCUAGAACAAAUGGGCGUGUCAGUAGUGACGUCAGGUAUCAAGGUCGAACAUGGCCGGCCGUUCCUGGUCAACCUGAACGCAGAUCCAUCCCUGAAUGAACUGUUGGUCUACUACUUAAAGGAUCACACUCUGGUGGGCCGGCCUGAUGCACCAACACAGCAGGACAUCCAGCUCAGUGGGCUGGGCAUCCAGCCUGAACAUGCUGUCGUCGACAUGGAGAACAACGACGUCUACGUCACACCACUGGAUGGGGCCAGAACGUGUGUCAACGGUUCGGUCAUCCACGAGAAGCGGCGUGUCCGUCACGGUGACCGCCUCCUGUGGGGCAACAACCACUUCUUCCGUCUCAACUGUCCCAGACUGGCCAACAGCCCGAGCAGCCAGGAGCCGGAGCAGAAGAUCGACUACGACUUCGCCCAGCAGGAGCUGAUGGAGAACGAGCUGGUCAAUGACCCCAUACAGGAGGCGAUUGGUGCCAUCGAGAAACAGCACGAGGAAGAUAAGCAAGAGGCCCUGGAGAAGCAGAGACAGAUGUACGAGCGACAGAUGCAGAUGUUACGUAACCAGCUCAUGUCGCCCGGCACCCCCUCCUUCCCCCUGCAACUCUUUGAUGCCAGCAAGCUGACGCCCACGGGGUCACAGAACAGCAUCCAGAAGAAAUAUCAGCAGUGGGCCCAGGAGAGGGAGAUGAUGUUCAAACAAAGCCUGGUCAAGCUGAGGGAGGAGGUGGUCAAGGCCAACGCCCUGGUCAGGGAGGCCAACAUCCUGGCCCAGGAGAUGGGCAAGCUGACAGAGUUCCAUGUGACCCUGCAGAUCCCCGCCACCAACCUCAGUCCAAACAGACGGCGUGGAGCGUUUGUGAGUGAGCCAGCCAUUCUGGUGAAGAGGAAGAACCGCAGCAGUCAGAUCUGGUCCCUGGAGAAGUUGGAGAACAAGGUCAUUGAUAUGAGGGACAUGUACAACGACCGCAAGGCCAGCGGGGGGCCCAUGAUGGUAGAGGAAUCUUUCACUGAAGAUUUAGACAGCUCUGUCAUUGCUGGGGACAUUGGGCCACCUAUGCUGGGCGACCCAUUCUAUGAGUCGCAGGAGAACCACAACCUGAUCGGUGUGGCCAACAUCUUCCUGGAGUGUCUGUUCCAUGACGUCAAGCUGGACUAUCACGUGCCCAUCAUCAGCCAACAAGGGGAGGUUGCUGGUAAACUUCAUAUAGAGAUCUCCAAGUUAGGUGGAGCUGUGCUUGACCGCUACGUGGACAUGGCUGCUGAUAAUGAUGAGGACAACACUGUCCCUAUGGGAGCUCCACUGCUCAUUAAGGUGUGCAUCAAAGAGGCCCGGGGCCUACCCCUGGCGCUGUCCAACUUUGUCUUCUGCCAGUACUCCUUCUGGGGGGAGUCUGAGGCCUGUGUCGUCCCCCCUUACAUCAACCCUGAAACUGUGACCAGGAAGGAUGACAGAACAGUCAACUUUGACUUCAACCAUGAGAGGCUGAUCCGAGUACCCAUCACAGAAGAGUUUAUUGAACACUGUGCUGAUGGUGCCCUCUCUAUUGAGGUGUGGGGCCAUCGCAGUCAGGGCUUUGGUAAAGAUGUUGUGAUGAGCGACUCAGCACAAGCCAAGUCCCGCUCUGUUGCUGACCGGUGGAAUGAGGUGAUGAGGAAGAUUGAAUUCUGGGCAGAGAUCCACGAGCUGAAUGAUCAAGGGGACUACACAGCCGUGGAGGUGACACCAAAACCUGAUGUUCCAUGUGCUGGCGUCAUGCAGCUCCGACAGGGCCACUCUAGAAGGGUCCUGGUCAGAGUGCGGCCAGUGGCCAACUCUGGUACCCUCCCCCUCAUCUGUGAGUCCAUCUCCUCUCUUGCCAUUGGCUGCGUCUGCGUCAGGUCCCGCCUCCAGAAGGGGCUGGACUCCUACCAGGAGGAGGACCUGACUGUCCUGAGAGACCACUGGUCAAAAGCUUUGGCCAGGCGCAAAAAGUAUCUGGACGAACAAAUUCAAAAGUUGAUCAACAAGCAAGACAAAUCUGAGGCGGACUCUGAAAGGGAGAGAGCUCUGAUUGAACAGUGGGUGUGUCUGACUGAGGAGAGAAAUGCUGUGCUAGUUCCCUCCCCUGGCAGCAAUAUCCCAGGGGCCCCAGCUGACUGGACCCCACCACCCAACCUAGAGGAACACACACCAGUUCUUUUCCUGGAUCUCAAUGCUGAUGACAUGAGCGCCCCCAAUGCUAAAGAAGGUCUGCAGGCUGUGGGUAUCAACUCCAUCCUCCCCAAGGAACACAGCACCGACUACGUCCAGCUGCCCAUCAUCAAGAGCUACACUGAGAAGGACAAUGUGUGUGCAUUUGCGUCGUGGGACUCGUCUCUCCACGACUCUGUGCACCUGAAUCGCAUCACACCUGCCAACGAGCGCGUGUACAUGAUCCUCAAGGCUGUCGUGCGACUGAGCCACCCGGCCACCAUUGAGCUGGUCCUACGCAAGAGGAUCUGUAUCAACAUCUACAAGAAACAAGGGCUGACCUCCUUCACUAACAUGCUGAAGAACAGGAUCGUGGGCACGGAUUGUCUGGCUGCUAGUGGUGUGACUUAUGAAGUUGUUUCUAACAUGCCCAAGGGCUCUGAGGACCUAGAAGACAUGGAGACCUUGGCCCAGAUGGCCGCGUCACAGAACGAGGUGUCUGCCGUGGACGGGGAGACGUACAUCGAGAAAUACAUCAAAGGUGUGUCAGCUGUGGAGAGUAUCUUGACCCUGGACAGGCUCAGACAGGAGGUUGCUGUGAAGGAAAUGUUGGCCAACUCUGGCCGCCUGGCCUCCAACCUGAGGAAGACAACCAGUGUCCCCAACAUCAACCAGGCAGCCUACUCCCCUAGCAAACUUAGCUACCAUUUCCGAGCAGACAGCAUCCAGGACCUGUCGCAGUCCCUGAACGAAGGCAACCUAUACAACACCACCACCAGAUCCCCCAGUUUCCCCGGUGAGCUAUUCAGACUACGAACCAACUCGGAGGCAGACGAAUCGUUUGCUGCCCUGGCGAAAGUGGCAUCCCAGCAAAAGCGCCAUUCCUUCGGACUAGGGUAUAUCAAGAGUGUAUGGCAAAAUGCAACGCCCAAACUUCUGCUGAGUCCGCUGUCGUCUGCUGGCAAAGCUCUGGUCAAGCCCAUGAGGACAUUGCUGGAGGAGCAGCAGAGUAGACCACUCCUGCAGAAGGACACAAAUGAGGAGAUAGAUGAAGAGGACGCCCCCAAACCCACAUCCCGCAGGCGACUGGACCAGGAGCCAGACUCUCGCAGCAUUGACAGUGACGAGUACCAGGACUUUGAGUCAUACCAGUCCCAGCAGACGGCCCAGGGGGGAAAACUCUCCAUGAACAUGAGCCCGUCUUCAACAGGGGACAGCAUCGGGGAUGCCCACGCUAAAGGGUACACCCCUAGCAUGACAUCCAGUGGAUAUGGAUCCCAGGCUGUCUCAACCUUGACCCUGUCAUCCGAAGACUCCGCCAGCAUCAAAAGUAUUGAAGAGAAUUCUGACCCCGCCCGCCACCACCCCAAGUUGACCAGCGGAGACCACAGUGGUGACAGUGACGACAUCGACGAGAACCAACACAGACUUGGUGAAGAUCCAGACGAGACUCUAGAUGACGACAGUGACGUCAAAGUACCCAGUGACCCCAUCAAACCUCAGCUCGUUGGGAGAAUCAACCCUUUCAUGAAUGAGAAAGUUCCGGAGAUUUUGGAGACUCCGGUUGAAGAUGACUUCUCGCCUCAUUCACAUCCUCCAGUUUCGACUUCCGGAUCCUCCGCUGUUCCAGACAUACAGGAGGGGAUGGGAGGGAGGAGUGAUGACAGGGAGGAUGAUUUAGUCAUCAUGGAGGAGUCUGAUUACAAGUCUGCCGAGGGGGACAACGACCCCUACAGCGUCAAUGCUAUGGAGGAGCUGGAGAAACUGGGGGAGGAGGCGGAGGAGGAGGAGGAAGAUGUGGAGGUGGCCAGCACGACCAGAGCUGCUGAAACCAAGGUCGAGGUCAAGACCCACACGGUACAGAAACCUGAGACCAAGCCCAGCACCAAGGUGAACAUCACCAGCGUGUCUGGGCCAGACCACAACGUCAAGAACCACGUCAUCAAGGCCACACUCUCCCCACACCAGACCUACAUCAAGGGGGACAAGACCCACGGGGAGAAGAAGUCUGGCAACACCAAGAGGAAGUCUUCUGGCAUCCGGCCCCGCCCCAUGUCCAUGGUUGUGUCACCCCAGGCUGAGAUGAUGACCCGGGCGUGGCAGGAGGACGGGGGUCACAUGACCAGCUCAGAUGAGUUUUUGACAGUAGGUGAUGAUGCUAUGAGUGAGUGCUCAUUUGGAAGUCGCGCUGAUCUGGACAGACUCCAUGAGGGACCAGUGCCAACCUGGAUCCAGGAUGGGGAGAAUGUCACAGUGACAUCGUCACGUGGAUUCCCUAAAACAGGGAUUAUCCGUUUUGUGGGAACUGUCCAGUUUGCUAACGGAGUGUGGGUGGGGGUUGAACUGGACCAGCCUGAAGGUAAAAACGACGGUGCCGUCAAGGGGAUCAGGUACUUCCAGUGCAGGUCGCGCCACGGCGUGUUUGUCCAGCCUGACAAACUGGUCUGGGACAAGAAGAGGAAGAACUCCCAGAAGGGAGGUAACCCCUACAACAGGCGGAGCAUGCCUGGCCUGGGGGGGUCCCUGACAAACCUGACAGGGGGAGUCAACUCUGGGUCAUCCUACAUGAAGUCAACCACAUCCAGCAGUCUGAAGAAAAAAUAAAGUUGUCUGCCCCUGGUAGCCACAGUUGGAUCAGUAUCAUUCAUAAGCAUUGAACAAUUUAAUCAAAUGGUGAAAAAAAGAAAAUAUGUUGACGAUAUUUUUUUUAAUACUGGUGUUCAUGUAAUAUUUAAACAAGGAUUCUGUAUGUAUAGGGGGCUGCUCACUGCAGAGAAGGUUUGGGUCAGUUUAUGUAUAACCACUUUUUUUAUGGUUAAGAAAACCGGUAAGCUUUAUGUGUACAUAUUAGAACAAGCUGUCUUCUACGAGUAACAUACAGACUGAUGUCCAGUCUAGUAAAGAGAAUUAAAAUGUUUUAGUCCAUAUGUAAUGAUCAGUUGUUUUACUGUCUUAUUGUAUUAGAAAUUUCUAGGAUGAGCAGUUUUGCAUAUCUAGGUAAAUGAAUUAUAAGAGCAAAUUUCUGCAACAGAAACUGGCUUUAAAAUAUCAAAUCCUUACAUUUCUGUACAAAUAUUUGAAAAUGGAACUUAAGUGGAACUUACCCAAUUUAGUUUUUAUUUUAACUGUAAGCUUACUAGUUAAUCCCACAGCAGGAUUAAUCUUACAAGACUACACCAGAUUAUAUGGGGCUGGCAUUCCUGAUCUUGUCAGCUUGUCCAUUUUUAAAAUGUCAAGUAGUUUUGUCAAGUUUCUGGUCAAUGACAAGUGUCUCAGGCUGACCAGUUCUAGUUCCCUGUCUACUGAGUGCCCAUGGGUCUGACCCAGUAUCAUGGGUCUGACCCAGUAUCAUGGGUUGGACUGGACACAGUGCAUUUGACUUAGAUGAAGCAAUGUAUUCUGGUGGGGAAACUUUCACAUUUUCUUUAACAACAGCUGUAAAAAAAAAAUUUGGUGUUUAAUUUUAUCUAGACUACCUGUACAAAAUAAAACUCUAAAGACACGUAACUUCAAUGAGACAGGCAUGAUUUGUAAACUUGAGCAAAGUAAAACCAUCUCUCUGUACACAAUUAAUACACAGAGACUUGUUGUGUGUACAUUUGAUCUUGUGUACAUUCUUUCUUUGCCAAGCUUUGUUUUUUUGUAUACAUUUAUUUUAAUGAAACCAUUUUGUAUUGCUUAUCAUUCCAUUUUCAUAAUUUAUUAGCAUGAAUUCUUCCUGGAUCUUCAAAAAAUUUGCAAAGAAAAAAAUCUUUUCGAUUGUUAAAAUUAAGAAUUAAUGUUGGUUUUUGUUAAAUAAGGAUUUGCUUACGCAUUUUGGUAUUUGCUGUGAAUUGGACAAAAAUUACAAAGUAUAUACAGAUAGGCAUAUCUUCAAGCGGACUGUAUUGAAGCAUUAUCUGGCAAUUUAUUAAUUGGAUCAUUUUCUUCAUUGAAAGUUUCACCCUAACUACUGUAUUCUAGUUGUUACAUUUUUAAUGUUCAUAUUUUAUUAGUAACAAACACAUUUUAUUUUUCAAAAUAUUCUGUUUUAUUUUAUUCUAAGCACUUUUAAUUGUAAAAAAAAAAUCACAAUUGAUUUAUUCAAGUAAAAUUUGUAUUUUAUGAAUUAAGAAUUAUUUACCUUUCAAGCUAUGUGAUACAAAUUCUCAUAAUUUUAAUAUACUUUAUCGUGGUGUGAAAUUUCAAUAACUUUUAAUCUGGGUUGUGUGAAUUCAAUUUUUUUUGUAAUUAUUUUUUGUAGGUUGUUUAAUGCCAAUAUAUGCCGUAGUUGGAGCUGCUGACAUGUCAUGUCAAAUGACAUGUCAGUAUUGUACAUGUCAUACACAUGACAUGUCAUGAGGUAUGUGGACGGUGUGCGGUUUCAAUGCCAAGCGAUGUAUAUAAUCAAAUCAACACGUAUUUUACACAUGUAUAUUUAGUGCAUCCAAUUGUGUGCAAUACUCCCCCCUCCCUUCAGCACAAUAGAAAUUUUUUUUUCACACAGUAACAUUCCUAACUUUGUUGGUUUUUUUUUUUUUAUCUAAAAGAUUUUUUGUUUUAGAUAUUUGUCAACUUUUGUAAAUUUAUUGCAGUUGUUUUGUAAAUCUAGUGAACUAUGAUCAGACUUUAAAUCAUUUAAUCUACAGACCACUGUUUCUGUUGUAUAACUUUGACUAGUUUUCUCAUCAAAUCAACAAUUUUAAUUCAUUAAUUCUGUAGGUAACUGUUUUUUUUUUACUGUUGUCAUGUUACAUUAAAAUAUCAGGCAUUUAUCCAUCUAUGACAUUUUUUUGCUUGAAAAACUUUUUUUUUUCAAAAUAAAAGGGAAAUAAGAAAGGAGAUGAUUUUAGAAAUAAAGUUAACUGUCAGUUCCAAAUUAUCAUCCAUCUAGAGCUACUAUGUGAAGUUAGCUUUCUCUUGCUCCUGAUGUGAAGUUAGCUUCAUCUCUUGUUCCUGAUGUGAAUGUAGCUUCAUACUCAGCUACAUUUAUCUCUUGCCAGUUUAUGUUAAACAAGUGAGGUCUUAAGUUUCUUCUCUCCGUGAUUCCAUCGACACGACUUUCAAUUGUAGCUACAUAAUGUUCUUUACGUACCUCUUUUAUGCCAACAUGGCAUUUCUCUAUUGACCUUUGACAUGCAGGUCAAUGACCUGUAAGAACUGCCAGCCCUAGUUUAUUGUCCCUACAAAUCUGUGUAUAUGUUCUCUGAUAAAUGGCAAAUCUAUUUACUUUGGCAUCAUAGGUCUCUAUCCUAUUCCCUGGGUCAAGAAAGGUUUAUGGUCUGGUCAUUUUCUGCCUGAAUCAAGGCAGUAUGUAAUGUACUUAAGGCAUCAAGCAUUGCUUUCAUAGUAGGUGAUCAUGUCCAUCCAUACCAUCAUGCUUUAGGAUGCUGUGAUACCAUUGGUCAGUUAACAGAAUAUUGUAACAGCUGGUUUUAAAAUUUGUACCAAAGUGUGGGUUAAAAGAUUAAUUAAUCAACAGAUUGUAAAUAAAGAAUUACCAAAUCUGUUUUUUGCUUACAAAACCAGCUUUUUAUCUGGCCAAAGAAUGCUAAAACAAAAUAGAUGUAUUGACCUUGUCAGUUUAAUGACUAAAACAGAGUCUAUUUUAUUUUCACUUUUUUUCAAAUGUUUGCACAUUCUAUCCGAUAUUCAAUUAUGUUUAAAUUUUUUUUUUCGUAUUUGCAAAUCUGAAACCUCUUUCUCCUGCUAUGUAGAGAUAAUUAACUCAGUCUAAAUUCUUGAGUGAAACCAGUGAUUCAAAUAGCAUCUCCACCAAAGGAAAUAAGAAAGUGGACGAGAUACUUAAUAAUUUAAUGGUAAAACAAUCUGGUUGAUAAGGGUACGAGUUAACUGUGAUUUGGGUCUACACUGUUAUUUAACGUACAUGGAGGUGCAUGUUAUCUAACUCCCUGUCACAACUGUAAAUACUUUUUAUAUCCAAUUUUUUUUUCUAAGUGUUUUAUAAAAAAAAUUAAAUGAAGACAUUUUUUUUUCCUGUUCCUUAACAUUACUGUUUGUUUUUUGUUUUUUUUUUAUCUGUGUUGCUAUUUUUAGAUUUGUGUACUUUAGUCCACGGUGACUGAAAAAAACUUAAAUGAUGAAUAAAAACAAGAUGACUUUUACGUAGCACAUUAUGUUGUUGUAACAUCAUUAGUCUGUCCACACGCAACAUUAGUCUAUGUCCAUACGAUAUUUGAUUGUGCACAUACAACGUGGGUCUAUGCCCAUACAUAAUUUGUCUGUCCAUACAUUUGUCUUUGCCCGUACACAUUUGUCUGUUCCCAGACAAAAUUAGUCUGUCGUCAUACAAUAUUUGUCUGUGUCCGUACAUCAUUUGUCUGCCCAUACGUUUGUGCUCAUACGUUUGUCUGUGGCCAUACAACAUUGAUUGUCCCAAAAUUUUAUUACAUAUUGUGUCUUCAACAAUUUUACUUCACUCAUAAAAUACUAUUGCGGCAUAGUUUGUUAAUCAACAGAUUUGUUGAUUAACAAAUAUGUUGAUUAAUGUGCUGUCCUUAAUGAGAUUAUAUCUUUUGUUUUGUGCUAAGGUUGUAACAUUUGUAAUUUGUCCACACUUGUCAUACGUUUGACAUACCAGAGUAAACUAACAUUUGUCUCUCCGCUUCCUAAGUGGGACAUUUUCAAUUUUAUUUUCAAGCAAUAAGUUUUUACUUCGAAAACAGAUUUUAAUUUGAUUACAAGUUAUACAAAAUUUCUAAUUUGAUAUCUGAAAAAUUGAAUUCAAUGGUAUUUUUUAAAAAUGUGGAUUGGGAAAAAAAAUUAAAUUUUAUUUAUUUUUAUUUUUUAAUUUGUAUUGCAUAAUUCUCUUUUGUAAUUUUUUUAGGCAUAAUUUAUCUUUUGAAUACUGUAACUUAAUGUAAUUGUUUUUCAUGCUAAGAUCAAUUUUUUCCUGGUGAGUUUUGUGGCCAGAUCAAGCUUGUUUUUGGUCUGAUGGGUUUAAUAAGAUGUGUCUGUUGAGGGAGUUGACAAAAUCAUUGUUUCAAGUUAAUGAAGGGACAAAUUUACUUUUUACAUUGUAACUUAAAAGUUGUCAUUAACACUACUUAAAUUAAAUUUAAUAUGGUUUUGUUUUCUGUACAUUUCCCCAUUCUAGAUUUUUUAAUAUAAUUUUUUAAAAGGAGUAAAUUACUUCCCUUUUAGUGUGAGUUACAUCCCCUUAUUAAUUGUUUAGUUUCUCAAUGUUUUAGAAGGCAGUGUACAUACUCAGUGUCAUGAUCAAUUGUUGAAUAUUAAUUCACUGGAGCAGAUGUCAAAUGAGAAAGAAAACCAGACAAUUAAAAAGUCGUUUAUUUAUCUGCAGCUCGCCUGGAUUUGAACCCACACCUUGGGGUGGGGUCAGGGUUGUAGCUGUUCUCCUUUGUCUCAGCUUACUAUAACAGAGCAUCUGAAAUUAUGAAAUAAAAACAUAUGUUCACAGUU